AUGGCUGAAAUAUUAAAAGAAUGGCUGACUGAGAGGCUGCAACGUCCUAUAGCAUGGGAAGCCGAAGAAUUUGGAGAUAUGAUGAAGAAUGGUUAUGUAAUUUCUGAUGUACUCUACAGUUACAACGUGAUUAACGAUGAAAAACAUUUUUUAAUAAGGGCGAGUUUAGCACAAGAAGAUAUUAAAAGCAACUGGAAAUAUUUAACGGAAUGGUUAGCUGAAUUGAAUGUUUACCUAAGCGCUAAUGAUCUUGAAAACAUAAUGGAUGGUAAGAGUUCUGCAAUACUUAGAUUAUUUUAUAAAAUGUUUUUACAUUUGGAUAAAAGGGACAGAACAAAUUUCAUUAAACGUGAAAGAAAAAUGGUGUCUUCUUUAAUAGAGAAAAUGGGCCACAGAUUUAAAGUAGAAAACAUACCAGAAGAAGAAGAGUCUGUAGUCGAUGAUCUUGCGAAGCCGUUAUUGAACGAGCGACAUUUUAUUGAAUGGCAAAGAAAGAAAAGUAAACAAGUAAAAGAUACGUAUGAAUAUAUAAGACACAAAUACUCGAGAAUGUUAAGGAAUAUAAAAGAGACCAGCACUCCAAUGUGCUCUCAAAAAACAACAUUGCCGCCAAAAUUGACAAACAAAGAGCGUGAAGAUAUGGAAAAAUUCGCAUUAAAGUAUCCUUGUAAAUUUGAAAAUUAUACAUAUGAUCAACUAGUUUCCAUGGAAAUGAAAGCUAAAGAACAAAGAUCCUCAUUUUCUGAUUCUGAAUGGGCUAAAGCAUAUAUGAAUAAUCUUUAUGGUAGGUUACACAAAAAAUCGGAUUCUGAAGAGUUUCAGAAACAACUUCGAAAUGUUCUGAGUGGAUCUUUGUGGGAACAUUCUGUAGCUGAAGAAGAAAAUAAGUUGGAUACUGAACUAGCAAAGAAAGUUAUGAAAUUGUCACAAUUUGAGAAACAAAUGUGUACGCAGAUAAUGGAGACUAAACAGCAAGCACGUAAUUUAGUCAAGAAUAGAAUUCUAGCUGAAAGAGAAUUUGCAGAACAAAGAGAACUUCAAUUCAAUCAGUUUCUAGAUAAUAUGAAAGAACAAAUUCAAUCAGAAAAGACAGAAAUUGACUUCGAAAAAGAGAGACAAAAUAUACUCCAUAAAAGAUUGUAUGGGGAAAAAAUGAAACGAAAGCGAUUACACUAUUACGAUAUUUGCUACGAAACAGUAUUAUCUAUAAUAGACUAUGCAACGAAAUACGCGUACUUUAAAAAACUUAUAGGAGAAGAUAAUAUUCCAGAACAUUACCUACACGAAUGGAAGGUUUUAUAUUACAAACAACAGCCAAUAUUCGAUAUCUUAGAACCUCCAGAAGAUAUUUUAAAAGAAAAAAUAGUAGAAGAAACAACUCCUGAAGAAGAGGAAAUAGUUAGACUGGAACUAGAAAGACAAGACGCACUUAAUGAUAAUGAAUUCAAAGUUUACCAUGAUUAUUCAUAUCCGUGGACUUUAGACUUGUUGAUUCCUAAUUACGAUCCAGAAUCUGAAGAAAGAAAAUAUGAAUACUUAGGAACUCGCAUAUUGGGUCAUAUGGUUUACACUUUGCUUGGAAUAAAAUAUCCGUACCCACCACCAUUACCGCCAGCAAACUUACCAGCAUAUAAAGUUAAAGCAUUAGUACGAGGCCUUCCGGAAAGGUCGUUAACUGUGCCAAUGCAAAUUCUGCUAAGUUCAAGAAAAAUACACGUAGUUCGAAUUGAAAACGUGAUCAACUUUUGCCUACGAAAAUUCAAAACUGAAAUGAUAGGAUGUACCGAUAUUGAUCUGUCAUUCGACAAGUUCAUAGCGGCUGCUCCAGAAGAAGAGGAUAAAGAACUUAUAAAGUUAAUGAAGUUGGAAGAUGAUACAUUUAAUAAAAGUAACGAAUCAGCACUCGCUGCUAUGUUAGGUGUCGUAACUGCUAAUUCUAAACAAACACAAACCCCAAAAACAAUUCCAGAAGAAGAAAUUAAAUUGUCUGAUGCUGCAGAACUGGGCAGAUAUGCUUAUGAAUCUUUGGGUAUUGGUGAUACUUUGACAGAUCAUCUAUUAGCAGCAAUGAUUGUCCAGUAUCUCAAAGAUGAAAAAGAUAUUUCAGGCUUUGUAAUAAUAAACUACCCCAACACCUACAGAGAAGCCCAAAUUCUCGAAGAAACAUUUUCCGGGAGAACACCACCAAAUGAGAACGAAUUAGAGGAUAUAGAUGAUAUUUAUCUAGAAGACUGCAUUGCAAAACAUCGCAGAAAACAAAAAGAUCCGCAUAAGGACGUUAGGGUGUCCAGACUUGUAAGCGAUCCUCAUAAAAAAAGGGAUGACAAACCGUUUGAAAGUUUUUUUACAUGUUAUAUUCGUCUUAAAGAGAGUCUAGAUAUUCUACAAGAACUUGUAAUUUGGGAUUUAACAGAAAGUAACUCUGAGUUAAUCGAUCGGUUUUAUGCUGCACUAGGUAUUAAUUACAGUAUGUAUUAUGAGGUAAUAGAUAAAGAAAUUUUGGCCCAAAUUUGUAAAUACAUUAUUGGUGACUUCUCAUUGCCAUUAAAAUCAGCCGACAGGCUUUUCGGAGAAAAUGUUUUAAGUUGUCUUGAGUUUCCAGCAAAUGAUGAUAAAAAACAGAAAUCAAAAAUAAUUAAGCCCGAAACUAUAAAUGGUAAAUCUAAAGAAAAAAUGCAAAGUUCAAAACCGAGUAGAAGUUCUAUGAUGCCACUUGAAGUAGUGAAGGAACCCUCAAUAGAAGAACUUGUGGAUGAACCGUCGCCUGAAGGAACAGACGGAGAAGAAAGUUACAGGACGCAAAGUAUUGACGAAAUAAAAUUAUUAGCUGGAGAAGAAGAUUGGGAGUACGGAGACCUACCCAUUCCUACAGUAAUAGGUGUUGCAUUGGCAACUUGUUGGCAAGAAAUUGAAAAAGUUUACAUAAAUGAUAUGCAGCAAUUGUUUCUUGCAAAACGGCUGCAAAUGAAUUGUUUGAUUCCUUACGCAAGGUUCAUUAAGGACAAAAUGGAACAAAUUAUCACUUCACCUUCGAAUAAACAAGACCUUGUUUGUAAAUUUCAAAGAGAUUAUAAUGAUUUUGAAAGCGACUGGCGUGAUAUAAAUGCGGCUAAAAACGAAUGGCACUGCAGAAUUAAGGAGUUACAGCACAAAUUGUAUAAUAUUUGUGACGAUAGAAAAUUGCGUGCUGAACAGCAAAGGCUGGCAUUAAUAAGUGACAAUUGGACUAUGGAGGAACUAACUUCGUUAGUUAAUACUUAUAUUUCUUGCAUGCAGGCCGAAUUAAACAGAUCCUUUAUGACGUUUCAAUCUCUCCAUGACUUUUAUUUUUCUAUGAUCAAACAUAUGCCAUCAAACGAUAAAAUGUCAUUUAAAGAAUUAUCAAAAAUCUAUAGAGAUUCUGAUGACGUAUCUGGUAGUAGAAAAGGUGCAGAAGACAAAAUUUUUAGACAGUUGAAGUUGGGAUUCCAAGAACUGCAGCUAAAAAAUAUGGAAAUCGACUUUGAAAAUAAUCCUUUUAAUUUAGUUAUAGAAAAUAACGUGAAGUUCGCUUUAAAAAUUAUAAAAGAAACUAAUGAUUCUUAUCGGUCUAUUAUUGCUAAAGAAUAUAGCGAAAUAGCAAAAGUCCAGCCCCCCUUAAAGAAGAAGGAUGAAAAUACGUCUGAAGAAUCAGUCAACGCCGAGGAACUCUUCAAAGUACAAGCGUUGAAAUGUAUAGAUGAAUGGACAAUGGGUAUCAAUGGAGAAAUGUAUAGAGCCAGUCUUCGUAUGCAAGCUCUUCAAUAUAAAUGUUAUCGCGACAUGAAAUUAUUUAACGAUCAUAUUUAUAAAACCUUUACUGACAUUCAAAAUGAUAUUAAUAAUUACUACAUAAAUGAGAUUAAAUCUGUCGAUAGACUUUGUAAAUAUUUGCAAUUGGCUGUCGAAAAUGGCAGACCGAUACAAGAAACGCUGGUUCUUGAAAAUGAUACAUUCAUGAUUGAUCCAAACCUUUUGCAGUUUGCUCCUCCCGAACCCCCCGCUGAUACAACAAAAGUCUCCGAGACCGUCGGAAGUAUGGAUUUCAGGAUCAGUCAACUUGCUGCUCUCCGAUCGCAGUUUAAAAUAAUCGCGCCGACUGGAAUUAUAAUGCAGCAAGCUUUUAUUUAUCUUCUUCAAGACUUCUUUUUCUUUGGAAAAGAAAGUUGUAACGGCCCUCUAUUUCCGGAAGCUUGGCAGCGUGUCGAUCCCGAGCAAGUGCCCAAAUUAGUCUAUUUGAUGUUCGGGGACACGGUAUACAUUGAUUGGCGUGACUUUCUCAUUUAUUGUUUGAAUAUAAGAUUUCCAAAUGUAGAUGACUUAUUAGAGCUUCGAAAAAGAUUUCGAUGUUAUGAUCUAUCAUCAACGGAACUGAUAGAUCGAGAUGAUUUCAUUUCAGAAGAGCUUUGGUUUGAAAAGGAUUUUGACCCCAACGAUAAGCAUGCACAACUGAGGCUGAAUUUGAUAAAACAUUUUUUAUUCGAAUUAUUUGAAACAAUGGAAAAUAAAAUGAAUUAUUCUGCAUUUCUACUAGCAUUUUGCAAAGAUAUUAAUCCUAUAAAUGGAUUCACUACAGGGUUAUCUAUGGCCGUUGGCAAAAAGACUUGUUUUGAUCUAGAACAGUGUGGAGAAGUGGUAUGUAAAUUGAUUAAACAGAAAAAGUACAGAGAUGAAUGCUUGGCUUGUGCAAAUAAAUGUACAAAGGAAUUUAUAGACAAAGUUUUAGAUAAAGUUAUAAAACGUUGUGAAGGAACUAGCAUUGUAGAAUUAGAAUAUAUUGCUCCGGUUGAGGAAAAGAAAGGUAAAAAAGGGAAAGCUGGUAAAUCCGCAAAGAAAGUAGUUGAGCCUGUGAUGAAUGCUCGUGUAAAAUCUCAGAAGAGUUUGCUGUCGAAGAGUAAAACAUCGCAAUCCGCGGGCGCUGUAAAGAAUACAUUUAUAUGUCCACCUUGUGAAGAUGAGGCUGAAGCGGAAGAAAAAAUAUCAGAAAAGCCUGAAAGCAUAGUGGAGGUGAAAAUACUGGAGCCAGAGGAGGAUCCUAAUCUAAUGUACGCUGUUAGUCAAUCAGUCAUUUGGAACGUUCUGCGAAUUUGUUUGCCAUGGCAUUUUGUGUUGGUGCCCGAAGCGCAAAAAACGCCUUACAUCGCUCAAGUAACAGACGUGUUGAAGCGUUUGGAGGAUGAUACUGAUAAUGGCGACAUAUACGUCUGCAGACUGGUGAUCGACCCUGAUAUAUGCACGUUGCUUCACAAGGUAAAAAAGUUUACAGCUCUCAAUCUUGCCGAUGAAGUUGUAAAAGUGUUUGCGUCACGCAAUCCCUAA